UUCUGAUAGUGAUUUUAGAAGAUCCGUGAUCAAGUUUUCCAGCAUUUUGUGUAAAAUUCUCACUUAUUGUAUUAAAAAUGGCUACUGCGGCUGAAUUACAGAAAAAAGUGCGUGAACUGGAAGCUAAACUAGCAGCCGCACUAGGAAAUGCCGGUCCAGUUCGACAGAAAAUCGACGUUAUGUCGUCCGAAGUUGUGGACUCAAAUCCGUACAGCCGUCUGAUGGCACUAAAAAGAAUGGGCAUAGUGGAGAAUUAUGAGAAGAUCAGAGAACUGUCAGUAGCUGUGGUGGGAGUGGGAGGUGUGGGCAGCGUCACAGCUGAAAUGCUAACUAGGUGUGGCAUUGGGAAGCUUAUCCUAUUUGACUAUGACAAGGUGGAGCUAGCCAAUAUGAACAGGCUAUUCUUCCAGCCUCACCAGGCAGGUCUCAGUAAAGUGGAUGCGGCAGCCUCCACUCUGCAAGCCAUCAACCCAGAUGUAGCCAUAGACGCAUAUAACUAUAACAUCACCACCGUGGACAACUUCCAAAAAUUUUGUGACACUAUAAGCACAGGCAGCUUGACUAGCAGCCCGGUGGACUUGGUCCUUAGCUGCGUGGACAACUUUGAAGCUCGCAUGGCGAUCAACACAGCCUGUAAUGAGCUCAACCAACGCUGGUUUGAGUCGGGGGUCAGCGAGAAUGCUGUGUCGGGACAUAUACAGUUCAUAAUACCCGGGGAGACAGCUUGUUUCGCGUGUGCACCCCCAUUAGUCGUCGCCUCCAAAAUCGAUGAGAAGACGUUGAAGCGGGAAGGCGUUUGCGCAGCCAGCUUGCCUACCACCAUGGGGAUCGUGGCUGGGUUUUUAGUUCAAAACACAUUGAAGCAUUUGUUGAAUUUCGGUAACGUCAGCCACUACCUGGGGUACAGCGCACUAACAGACUUCUUCCCUGCAAUGACGUUGAGGCCAAAUCCCCAAUGCGACGAUUCGUAUUGCCGCCAGCGACAAGCGGAGUUCAGAGCGAAGCCCGUUGUGGAACUGGCCACGGAGGUCACCGAGGACUCGAGCCCCGUGCACGCAGACAACGAAUACGGUAUAAGUUUAGUGGAUGAAAACUCGCCAGAGGAAGAAACUCCUGACUUGAAACUCGUGGACGGUGUACAGGUGGCAUACAGCAUUCCAGUUGACAACAGUACUCCGGAAUCCAGCACGGGCGGUGCGGUCGCCGCGUCGGAACUGUCCCUCGAAGAACUGAUGCAGCAGAUGAAGUCCAUGUGAACCAUGGCGCUGUACGGUAAACGGUGCUCAAGCGGGGAACCAUACAAUUCUUAAUAACUGGAUACUAGAAAUGUUGUGAACACGUCGCCUUGUCGCCGCAAACGAGACUCUUAGCACUCGACCGCAAAACAUUUGUAACAGUUUACGACUCUAUUGUAACUUUUAAACUACCUUGCUCUAUUAUGAAAAUUUAGCUUAAUUUGCUAUACAGCAGACCAACCGGAGCAUCCUCAGAAAUGUUGUCAGCAUCCUGAGGAUGCUCCGGUUUUGAGCGAAACGCACCAAAAUUAUCUUCGGCAAUGUAGGGUACAUUGCUGUAAUUUUGGUGUGUUCUGUAUAGUAAAGGACUGAAGAAAUUGUAAGUUACACCAUACUGAUUCACCUGCUUUUCGCGGAUUAUAGCAAAUUAAGCUUAAUUUUCAUAAUAUAUCAGGGAAUUCUGCAAAGUAACGCCAGCUUCUAUCCAAUACCUUACUCUCUAAAACGACUAGUGUACGUCGUUGUGAAAAACAAUAAAGAAUGACUCCUAUUAUUUCCACUCCGAACUUUUAGUGGCACGGCCGCUGGGAGCCGUCCUUAGGCGACAAGUGUUUUCUACACUUAAAGUACUAAAGGGCAUUUCUAGUGUUUUGGUUAUUAUGAUUCCUAUGGAACUCGCGUCACUAAAGUUGGAAGGGCGCAGUAGGUAUUUAAAUGCUUCUAAAUUCUAUGGUUGGUCCGUUGAUAAUGGUUUUAUUAAAGAUUAUACAGGUUUAAAUUCACCCACUUAUAGUUUUCAAAGAGUUUCGUCAGAUUCGGUAACAUAAUCAAAUGAAAUACAAAAAAGAAGCAUGUUUAUUUCUCCAUACAAAUUCAAAACAUUCUAAGGGUUAACUUAUGGCAACCCUAUUGAAGACAAAAGUCCGACACGUGCAUAGUACCUACGCUACGCGACGAGUACCUAAUAAAGUCACAUGAUUUUAAUUUUGUAUGUGAUGUUAGGGCUGUAUUAAAGGUUAUAUAAGCGGUGUUGCGAAGUGUAUUUAAUUAAUAGCUAAAUUGCAAAACUAUUUAACGACAUAAAUUUCUUAAGGCGGCAUUUAUCUAUAUAUUUCAUCGAAUGGUAGUCAGUUUUCAUUUUUACCUGAAUUGAUUUAAAAAUAGAAUGCCCGUUUUCACUAACGUGCACUUCAAACAUGCACAAAAGCACUACCCUAAAAUUGAUAUAAUAACUCUUGUAGGA